UUAACAGUGAGACCAAACUCACUCCUCAGAUAAGCAGGUCUGAAUUGAGCCCCAGGAGAGGUGAGUGGAGCAGAUAGUGUGACAAAUUUAGUGUCCUAUAUUACUAGCCCUAAGAGGCAAGUGGACAGGACUAGGUGGACCUAAGUUUCUGCCCACGUUUACAAGUACGUAUCAGCUGUUAGGCUGAAAAUGCAAGCGAAACCGGAAUUCACAAUUUUGAUGAUUUUUUUUUUAACUGAAAUCAGGAUUUUAAAAUUGCACUGCUAGCCAUAAAGCAUUACAUUAAUGGCGUUCAUCUAAUCCUGAUACAGGACUACACAUUGUUGUAGGUGAUAGUACAAGAGAACAUCCUGUUCCAGGGCUUUGGUAUGAUGUGUGUCCAUAGAUCUGAUGCACAAAUACAAUGCAGCUUUAGACCAGCUUAUUUUCCAUUGCAGUUAAUUUUGUUUAUUAAUCUUUAACUGUGUUGCUGCUCUCAAAUUAUGACAGCGUAUGAAUCAUAACCCUCAAUGAGCCAAAUUAUAUUUCAGUGUUUUGACACCUGAAAGUCCUGGUUCCAUGCCAUCUGCAGAAUGUGGAAAUCUGACACUUCUUUCAAAAACCUUGUCUAAAUGUCACUCAGAGUUAUUGCACCAACUAGUGGAAAAUAUCAAAACUGCUGAAGCAGAGAUACUGACCUGAAGAAAACCUUGAUGUAAACUCAAAACUUGUCUCUCUCACCAACAGAAGUUGGUCCAGUAAAAGAUAUUACACUUCACCUACCUUGUCUCUCUAAUAUCCUGGGACAGACAUGGUUACAGCAACACUGCGUAUGUCUAAUCUCUAUCAUUGUCUCUUUCUGAAACGGUUGUGAAAUAGAAGGAGGCAUUUUCUGUCUAUUUUGGAUUCUGCUAUUACUAACCAUUCAAGCUUAGUUUAUUAUAGAACAUAUGUGACAAAUUUUCCUUGUAUCUCUUUGUUGCAGGUCUAACUUAACAAUAACUUUAAAGUCUGAGUCUUCUUUGUGAAAGAUGCUUUGGCUUCAUCCUGCAGUCAUUAAGCUGGCAAGGACUCUGUCAUGGGAUACACUCACUGCUAGGAUGGUGCCUCCUCCUGGCUACUCUGGGGAUUGGCUCCCUCCAGCUCUGAUGCCCUCUUCCAUCAUCCCACCCUCACAACAGCCCCACUUGCUCUAUGGGAUUCUAUGCAACUUCUGUUUGUAACACAGCCCUCCAACCACCUCACUAUAGGGUCCUCCCCUAAAGUCUCUCCCGACCAACUGUCCGGCUGCCUUUCCAGGCCAUCCUCUAAUCUAAGACUAUGCCACUAUCCCAGUGGGUGAUAGGGGAACCCAGGCCCACCCACUACUCCAGGUUCCAGCACAGCAAUCCUCUGUCUCAUGGUCUGCUUAUGCUAAGAUCCCAUUGCUAUUUCCCUCUGCUCUUUCCUACUUCCCUUCUCUUUCUCGGUGUUCUCUGGGGUUCAAUUCAAGUGCCUAAUUCUCAGGGAAAGACUGUCACCUACAGCCCACUUCUGUUCUCAGCUUGCUGGCUUUGUACAGGCCCGCCUAUACCUGCUCAGCUGAGCUUCAUCUUCUGUUAGGGCUUGCCUGUCCAGUCUAAUCCUUCCCCAAGUGCAGCCUGGUAUGUUAAUUAGCCCCUUCCUAGCAACCUUAACCCAUUCAGGUGAGGUGUGGCAUGAAAACUCCAUCACAGACCCCAUAACACCUAUGAGUCUCUCUGGCCUGAGUAUGGAUUGUAGAUUUGGGCCUGUAAUAAAUUAGUUGUGUUUCUGUAGUAGUAUUGUAUAGCGUCCUCCAGAAUAUGUAACAUGCCUUGUCUUCGUAGGACGGUGCUAGAGGAGAUGUGCCACCGUGCAUAUACCCAAGAAAGCUGAGAUAAGCACAUGUCCAGUACUUUAAAAAUAUAGAAUGGAUUUUGUGAAAGAACAAGCUAAAGUCAGAUGUACAGCAAGCAAGUACUGUGCAAGUUUCCCCACCCGUUGGUCAUUUCUCGUGAUCAUUAUCCAGCGCAUCCUGAAGUUGGGGGAAAGACUCCUAUUGGCUUCGCUGAGAGUUGGUGUAGGCUCAUAAACAUAGUGUGGACUUUGUGCAGGAGACAUCCCUGAAAAUGGAAAACAACACAACCACAGAGAUUCUGAAAUCUACCAGACCAUCCAUCCUUAAAGAAGAGGCAAUCGCAGAAAGAAAAUGGGUGAAGCUUGAACAGACGACCUAUGUUGAUCCCUCAGGUAAAACCAGAAUUUGGGAAACCGUAAAGCGUACUACCAAGAAAGAGGACAGUUCAGCUGAUGGUGUAUCAGUUAUACCUGUGUUACAAAGAACUCUCCACUAUGAUUGCAUUGUUCUAGUGAAACAAUUCAGGCCUCCAAUGGGAGGGUAUUGCUUGGAAUUCCCUGCAGGCCUCAUUGAGGGAAAUGAAAGCCCAGAAAGCGCUGCCUUGCGAGAGUUGGAGGAAGAAACGGGGUACAAAGGGGAUAUCGUUGAAUGUUCUCCAGCUGUUUGCUUGGACCCUGGUUUGACAAACUGCACAACGCACAUUGUGACCGUCACCAUUAAUGGAGAUGAUGCUUGUAAUACAAGACCCAUGCAAAAGCCUGAGGAAGGAGAAUUUGUGGAAGUUGUUUCACUACCAAAGAAUGAUCUACUGCAGAGAAUUGACGAGCUAGUGGCAGAAGACCAUAUUUUAGUGGAUGCCAGAGUUUACGCCUAUGCAUUGGCACUGAAGCAUGCAACACAAAAACCCCUCCAAGUGCCUUUUAUGAAGUUCUAAGGCUGCAUAUGUAACCUCGUUGAAUAGUUCCAGGAUGGAGUCAAAUGGUCAAUAUAGACUUGGAAGCUGUAUGUUUUCUGACAAUAAAAGGUCCUGUAGAUUACACACAGUAUUAAGCAAUCAUAGUUCCAGGAAAGAUUGCUUGAACUACUUGUACUAUAUAAAGCCUUUCUCUAACUGUUCAAUCUCUAACUCUGAAUGGAAUUUUAUCCUUUGCAGAAGAAUAAAAAAUCAUGGCCUGUUAAGAGAUCA